GUAACUCGCAGCUGAAACACACUGGGAGCAGUUCAUAGCAUCAAAUCUUCAUCUACAUGGACUGAUGCCAUCUUGCCAGCCUCCAAGCAUGGAGAACUGAAGCUUUACGGAGUUUAUGUCACCUGGUUCAAAGGGAAUGUUUUUCUGAUAUUUAGCGAAGACCCUUACUGUCAUCAUGAUGAGCCAGGAGAAGUGGGUUAACCUGAGCCCUGGGGAGUUCUCUCAGCUUCAGAAAUAUGCAGAAUAUUCCACCAAGAAAAUUAAGGAUGUCUUAGAAGAAUUCCACGGCAGUGGUGUGUUAGCAAAAUAUAAUCCUGAAGGGAAACAAGAUAUACUUAAUCAAACGAUUGAUUUAGAGGGGUUUAAGCUGUUCAUGAAGACUUUUCUAGAGGCAGAGUUACCAGAUGAUUUCAUUGAGCAUCUUUUUACAUCAUUUAGCAACAAAAUCUCUCACUGCAGCCCGUUAAUAAAAAACAAACCCCAACACCUUUCUGGAGUUAAGGUGUCUGAAGAGAGAUGGAAACAGAUGCCAGGUCUGAGGCUUAACAAAGGUACCUCUACUUCCCGACCUCCUACUCCUGCCAACUUAAAUUUACCAGACAUGAUCCAGCUGAAAGAUAUUGUUUGCUAUUUGUCACUUCUAGAAAGAGGAAGACCUGAAGACAAGCUAGAAUUUAUGUUUCGUUUAUAUGAUACAGAUGGGAAUGGUUACCUGGAUAGUUCGGAGCUAGAAAAUAUCAUUGCUCAAAUGAUGCAUGUUGCAGAAUACCUUGAAUGGGAUAUUACUGAACUGAGUCCAAUCCUUCAUGAAAUGAUGGAAGAAAUUGACUAUGAUCAUGAUGGCACUGUGUCUCUAGAAGAGUGGAUCCAAGGAGGAAUGACAACGAUCCCUCUCUUGGUCCUCCUGGGUUUAGAGAAUAAUGUGAAAGAUGAUGGGCAGCACGUAUGGAGGCUGAAACACUUUAACAAGCCUGCCUACUGUAAUCUUUGUUUGAAUAUGCUAAUCGGAGUAGGCAAGCAAGGUCUCUGCUGUUCUUUUUGCAAGUACACAGUCCAUGAACGCUGUGUCUCAAGAGCUCCCGCAUCUUGCAUCAAAACAUAUGUCAAGUCCAAAAAGAAUACUGAUGUAAUGCACCAUUUCUGGGUAGAAGGAAACUGUCCAACAAAAUGUGAUAAGUGCCACAAAACCAUAAAAUGCUACCAAGGCUUGACUGGACUUCACUGUGUUUGGUGUCAGAUUACACUACAUAACAAAUGUGCUUCUCAUCUAAAACCUGAAUGUGACUGUGGACCUUUGAAGGACCAUAUUUUACCACCCACAUCAAUCUGCCCGGUAGUACUGGCGCUACCCACUUUAGGAGGUUUGCUCCCUGAGGAAAGACAGGCAACAGUGAAAAAAGAAAAGAGUUGCCCCCAGCAAAUGAACAAACUGGGAGAGCGGAACAAAAUGCAAAGAGCAAAUUCUAUCACCAUUGAUGGACAAGGUCUUCAGAUCACUCCAGUUCCAGGCACUCAUCCACUUUUAGUUUUUGUCAACCCUAAAAGUGGUGGGAAACAAGGAGAAAGAAUUUAUAGAAAAUUUCAGUACCUUUUAAAUCCUCGUCAAGUUUAUAGUCUUUCUGGAAAUGGACCAAUGCCAGGGUUAAAUUUUUUCCGAGAUGUUCCUGAGUUCAGAGUACUAGCAUGUGGUGGAGAUGGGACAGUAGGAUGGAUUUUGGAUUGCAUAGAGAAAGCGAACUUGAUUAAGCAUCCUCCAGUUGCUAUCCUGCCUCUUGGGACUGGCAAUGAUUUAGCAAGGUGUCUGAGAUGGGGAGGAGGUUAUGAAGGUGAGAAUUUGAUGAAGAUCUUAAAAGACAUUGAGAACAGCUCAGAGAUUUUGCUGGACAGGUGGAAAUUCGAAGUAAUACCCAAUGAUAAAGAUGAGAAAGGAGACCCAGUGCCUUACAACAUCAUCAAUAACUACUUUUCUAUUGGCGUGGAUGCUUCAAUUGCUCACAGAUUCCAUAUCAUGAGAGAAAAACAUCCAGAGAAGUUCAACAGUAGAAUGAAGAACAAAUUUUGGUAUUUUGAAUUUGGCACUUCGGAAACUUUCUCAGCCACCUGUAAGAAGCUGCAUGAAUCUGUAGAAAUAGAAUGUGAUGGGAUUCAGCUAGACUUAAUCAAUAUUUCUCUGGAAGGAAUUGCCAUUCUGAACAUUCCAAGCAUGCAUGGUGGAUCGAAUCUUUGGGGAGAGACAAAGAAAAGACGUAGCCACCGUCGGACAGAAAAGAAGAGGUCAGAUAAAAGAACAACUGUCACAGAUGCCAAGGAAUUGAAGUUUGUAUGCCAAGAUCUAAGUGACCAGCUUAUGGAAGUGGUUGGUCUGGAAGGAGCCAUGGAGAUGGGACAGAUAUACACAGGUCUGAAAAGUGCUGGAAGACGGCUUGCCCAGUGCUCAUCUGUUGUCAUCAGGACCAGCAAGUCACUGCCUAUGCAGAUAGAUGGGGAACCUUGGAUGCAAACUCCUUGCACGAUAAAAAUUACUCACAAGAACCAAGCCCCGAUGUUGAUGGGACCUCCUCCAAAAACCGGUCUUUUCUCUUCUAUCAUCAAAAGAACAAGGAACCACAGCAAGGAAUAAGCCUGCGUAGUUUAGAUUUUAGGGAAAAAAAACAAAAAACA